AUGUUUUAUUCCCAGUUCGUUCUAUCUAAAAAAGGGCCCUUAGCCAAAAUCUGGCUUGCGGCCCAUUGGGAAAAAAAAUUAUCGAAAGCUCAAAUUUACGAAACUAAUGUCGAAGAUGCUGUAGAAGAAAUUCUGAAACCAAAGGUCAAAAUGGCUCUAAGAACAACUGGCCACUUGCUUCUCGGAAUAGUCCGUAUUUAUUCAAGAAAAACGAAAUACCUUCUUGCUGAUUGUAAUGAAGCCUUCCUCAAGAUCAAGAUGGCUUUCAGACCCGGACAAGUUGAAUUAUCUGAUGAUGUUCGUGAUAACAACACCAGCUUGCAAGGCAUACCAGAUGUAUAUACUGAUUUCGAUACUGCUUUACCCGAGUUCAACGACGCCGAAUUUGCGAACCACUUACAGGUCAGCCAAAGUCGCAUCGAUGAUAUUACUCUCAAAGAAGAUCUUAUUGGAGACCCAUCAAACAUGAGAUUUAAUGAUGAUUUUGGAAUGGAUGAUUUCGGUGAAAGUUCUGUAGGCAUGGGAUCCGGAUUUGAUGACGAUUUUGGAGCUUUCGACAGAAGCUCGGCUAUUGAAGUUGGUCGUGACGCCAGUGCAUCAGCAUUCGGAAAUUCAAUUCGUGAUAUUCGCGAGCCAACACCUUCCCUCGAAGGAAAGAUGGCCCCAGGGGCUCCUAUUUUUAAUACUGAUGACGAUUUUGUUGGAGGAGAUAUGGGGGAUGACGAUAUGGACGGCAACGUUUUUAAUGAUAAUAUGUCUGCUGUAGGUAAUAUGGAAGCACCAGGUUCCGACUUAGGAGACGAAAUGCAGCUGGGUGCUACUGCUAACAGUCUUCAAGGUGAUCGUCAAGAAAGUUUUGCACUAGAACCAUUAGACGUUUCGGCAUUGGAUAAAAUGCAAGAGAAAAGAAGAAGAAAGAGAAGAUUAAUUGUUGAUGACCAGAAGAAUAUUAGUGGUGAAGAAAUGAAAAAUAAUAUGCUGGAUUACAGUGAUACAUUGCAAACCUUGGACUUAGCUCCACCGACAAGAAAACUCAUGCGUAUGAAGGAAGCAGGAACUGUUGAAAAGCUUUUCCAUAUGCCUGGUUUCCAAUAUAUGAAGGCUAAGCCUUUGAUUAGACUUUAUCAAUCGCAUUUGGUCCUGAAGGCUCGUGUAGAUGAUGUAUUGAAGCCGGAUGAUAUCCGCAAGGAACUUGAUCUAUCUGAUAUAAUAGAAGAUGACUUCCAAUAUCAAGCGGAUUGCGGGGAAGAUUUUGAAGAUAUCGGUCCAGUUAAUAUUGAACCACUCACUGCCGAUUCCCCACCCCCUAUGGCUGAACUGGAUGCUGAGGAAUCCCCUGUUAAAGAUCUCGAAGAUAGCCCCACUUCAGAGAAGAGAAAGAGAAAGAGUAAUCUUAAUGAGACAACUAGAACUGAAGAUGAUGAAGCUGCCGAAGGAGACGAAGAUCAUAGAUGGACCAAACGUACCCAAGGAGUUCUGAACUCGAUUUCAACAAAACUGAACUCGUCUGCUUGCGCUGAAGUGAGUUUUGAUUUUUCAACUCUUCCAAAAUGUGUAACCCUAUCGUCGAACUGCUUACGGAGAAACGUAUCAACUGAAAUGGAUUCAUCUCCUGUAGAGUUGAUCUACAUAAUCCAAAAGAGACGAGGUCAAAGCAAUUUUGUUGGCUUCUUUGGCGUCAUGUAA